AUGUGUGAGGCCUUUUAUUGUAAGAGUGGACAGACAUCCCAGAUUUCAGAGACCCAUAUUCGAGCCCCGUGGGAUCCCGCGGCCCCCAUCCAGCGCCAGCAUGCAGAACAGGGAGGGCGGAGUUCAGCGGCGGAAGUAAAGCGAGCAGUGGCCGGAGAGCGCAGACCCCCGGCUCUCGGCCUUACUUGCGGCAGCCCGUCUCCUUCGUGGCUGAAGCCGAGGGGGGCUGACUCUCACUUCGGCAGUGGAGGUCACAGCGGAGUGAAUCAGCUCGGUGGUGUCUUUGUCAACGGGCGGCCACUGCCGGACUCCACCCGGCAGAAGAUUGUAGAGCUAGCUCACAGCGGGGCCCGGCCGUGCGACAUUUCCCGAAUUCUGCAGGUGUCCAACGGAUGUGUGAGUAAGAUUCUGGGCAGGUAUUACGAGACUGGCUCCAUCAGACCCAGGGCAAUCGGUGGUAGUAAACCGAGAGUAGCGACUCCAGAAGUUGUAAGCAAAAUAGCCCAGUAUAAGCGGGAGUGCCCGUCCAUCUUUGCUUGGGAAAUCCGAGACAGAUUACUGUCCGAGGGGGUCUGUACCAACGAUAACAUACCAAGUGUGUCAUCAAUAAACAGAGUUCUUCGCAACCUGGCUAGCGAAAAGCAACAGAUGGGCGCAGACGGCAUGUAUGAUAAACUAAGGAUGUUGAACGGGCAGACCGGAAGCUGGGGCACCCGCCCGGGUUGGUAUCCGGGGACUUCGGUGCCAGGGCAACCUACGCAAGAUGGCUGCCAGCAACAGGAAGGAGGGGGAGAGAAUACCAACUCUAUCAGCUCCAAUGGAGAAGAUUCAGACGAGGCUCAAAUGCGACUUCAGCUGAAGCGGAAGCUACAAAGAAAUAGAACAUCCUUUACCCAAGAGCAAAUUGAGGCCCUGGAGAAAGAGUUUGAGAGAACCCAUUAUCCAGAUGUGUUUGCCCGAGAAAGACUAGCAGCCAAAAUAGAUCUACCUGAAGCAAGAAUACAGGUAUGGUUUUCUAAUCGAAGGGCCAAAUGGAGAAGAGAAGAAAAACUGAGGAAUCAGAGAAGACAGGCCAGCAACACCCCUAGUCAUAUUCCUAUCAGCAGUAGUUUCAGCACCAGUGUCUACCAACCAAUCCCACAACCCACCACACCUGUUUCCUCCUUCACAUCUGGCUCCAUGUUGGGCCGAACAGACACAGCCCUCACAAACACGUACAGCGCUCUGCCGCCCAUGCCCAGCUUCACGAUGGCGAAUAACCUGCCUAUGCAACCCCCAGUCCCCAGCCAGACCUCCUCGUACUCCUGCAUGCUGCCCACCAGCCCUUCGGUGAACGGGCGGAGUUAUGAUACCUACACCCCCCCACAUAUGCAGACACACAUGAACAGUCAGCCAAUGGGCACCUCGGGCACCACUUCAACAGGACUCAUUUCCCCUGGUGUGUCAGUUCCAGUUCAAGUUCCCGGAAGUGAACCUGAUAUGUCUCAAUAUUGGCCAAGAUUACAGUAAAAAAAAAAAAAAAAAGGAAAUAUUGUGUUAAU